AUGUCCGACAACGAAAUAGAGGUUAUCGGCACCAUAGAUUAUCCAGAAGAGGAAGAUGAAAUGAACUAUGAGAAGCUUUUACUCAGCGAUGAUUCCGAUGCUGAUGAUGACGAAACACUCGAAAUAUUACUGAGAAAUGCGAAAUCUCAUACAGCCGCUAAUGCAAAGCAAAAUGAAGAAACAGUAGUCGAAGAUCCAUCCAACAAUCUUAUCGAAAAUUGUGAUAGCUUUGUCCGCGCUUUUCUCACACAAAAACGUUUACAUGAAACAUUGAAUACUUUUCAAGCAGAAUGGUAUAAACUUGAAGCAACAGGCAGAUUAGACCGUUCUAAAAUAGGUAAAGUUCCAUUACGUUACAUUGAAUAUUAUAAUGCUGAUCAAAAACUUCGCAAACUCGAGUCUGAAGUACGCAGAAUGCAAGAAACAGCUACACGUGUACAAAAGACAUGGUCAAAACUUAAAGUUGAUCGUGAUAACUACAAACUUAAUCAUAUGCGUGUUGGAUAUGAAAAACAUGCAACAUUGGAAGCAAUUCGUGGUGUAUUAAAUCAAACAAACAAGAAAAUGCCUACACUCGACGAUCUUAACAGUAAAAUCGAAGCAGCUGACAAAGAUCGCAUGUUACUUGAGCUUGAAGUGCAAAGACUUCGUCAAAUGCACGAGCGUCUUCUUGCAGCUCAACCAAAGCCAGAACCGAAGACUCCAAAGACGGCAAAGAAAUCAAAAGAAGAACAAGAAGCCCAACAACCACCGAAAAUCCAAAUUACGCAAGUCCUUCCACAAAAAGAAGGUCUCAAUCCAUACGUCGAUGUUGGAAAACCAAAGCUCGACCAACUUACUCAUCGUGUUGUUCAUAAAGCUCACGACUGCCCAGUUUCAGCAGUUGCCGUCCAUCCAAAGCGCAAAGUCUAUGCAACAGCAGGUGAUGACGCCGUCUGGCAUCUUUGGAACGCCGAUAAUAACGAACUCCUCAUAUCUGGUCGUGGUCAUACCAAAUACAUCACUUCACUUGCCUUCCAUCCACGUGGCGCCCACAUAGCAACAACAUCUGCCGAUGGAACAGCCCGCGUUUGGGACUUUUUGUCCUCAAAGUGUUCGCUUGUUCUCCAAGGCCACACAGAUGUUGUUUGGUCAGCUGAUUUCCACUCAGGAGGCAGAGUUCUUGCAACAUGUGGCAUGGACUCAACGAUCAGGCUCUGGGAUAUGCAGGGCGGCCAGCAGCUCUCUAUUGUCCAUCAAGGAGAAAGAGAUGUAAACGUUGUUCGAUGGCUUCCUUUCUCUAACACUUUCGUGACAGGAGAUGCUGAACACGUCGUCGGAUUAUGGGAUGCCAGACAGGCAGCAAUGAUAAACAGAGGUCUUGGCCAUACAAGCACUGUUUUCGGUGUCGCGCCGUCAUUAAAUGGCAAAUAUAUUGCUUCAGUUGAUGGCGCUGGCGGUGUCAAAGUUUGGGAUAUAAGAAACAUGGAUGUUGCUUUCGAGACGAAAUAUACUUCAUGCAUUAACGCAUGCGGAUUCGAUAUGUCUGGAUCAUUCAUUUUCGGUGCUUGCAAUGAUGGAAAGGCAAUGGUUUUCCUCAACGACCAGGAGAAAUCUACUUGGGCAAUGGCUUCUUUCGACGCUCCUUGCGAGACAAUUGCAGCUAAUAACGACUGCGAUUUGGUUGUCUGCGGCUGUAUGGAUGGAAAUGUCGCUGUUUGCACAAUGAAUUAA